CACCCUGAAAAAAGUUGGGUUGGUACGCUGAACAGUCGCCGCGCGCGCUCUCUGCAGAACAGAAGACUUGCUAGACCCAUCAACGCCAUUUUCUUUGCAGCAAGAACAACAAGUCCGCGCAAAAAUGGUCACGAAAAGCAGACUCAAGAUGGCCCUUGCGGCCGAGAGGGGUGUGGAUUUCAAAAAGUUCCACGACAAGAAGCAGCGCAAGGAGGCCGAGAAGAAGAAGCAGGUGAAGGGCAAGUCGCAACCCGCAGGCGAAGACCAGGACGAUGAGGAGUGGGAAGAUGACGAGGAGGACGUCGAGGAGGGUGGCGCUCUCGUGGAAGACGACGACGAUGACGAUGAUGACGACGAGGACGACGAGGAAGUUCAAUACGACCUGGCCGCCCUCGACGAGAGCGACAGCGACGAGUCCGAGGUCGAGAUGGAGGAGAAGAUUGCGAGAAAGCCCAAGACCAUUCUCAAGGCAAAGAACGCCAAGCCCGAACCCAAGGCUGCCGGCGAGGACGAGGACGAUGAGGAAGAAGACCCCGAAGAGGAUGAUAUCCCCAUGUCCGAUCUCGAGGACCUCGACGAGGAAGAGAAGGAGGAUCUCGUGCCGCACCAGCGCCUCACCAUUAACAACACAUCAGCCCUCCUCGCCGCCCUCCACCGCAUAUCGAUACCCACAGACAAGUCCGUUGCCUUCGCCACCCACCAGACCGUCGUCAGCAGCGAGCCGACAGCCAGCAUGAUUGAAGACAUACAAGAUGACCUCAAGAGAGAAUUGGCCUUCUACGCGCAGAGCUUGGAGGCCGCCAAGCGCGGCCGUGCUCUGCUCAAGGCCGAGGGUGUCCCCUUUGCCCGCCCGACCGACUACUUUGCCGAGAUGGUCAAAGACGAUGAUCACAUGGGGAAGGUCAAGGCCAAAAUGGUCGAGGAGGCAUCUGCCAAGAAGGCCUCCGCCGAGGCCCGCAAGCAGCGCGAGCUCAAGAAGUUUGGCAAGCAGGUGCAGCAGGCGAAACUGCAAGAGCGCAACAAGGCGAAGAAGGAGACUCUCGAGAAGAUCCAAUCCCUCAAGCGGAAACGGACUGAGAAUAGCGGUGAUGUCGGCGCCACCGAGGCCGACCUCUUUGACGUCGGUGUCGACGCCGAGCUCAACAAGCACAAGUCGCAGCGGGCAUUUUCGCGCGGCAAGGACGGCGACGCGAAGACGCAGCAUGUGCCCAACGCCAAGCGGCAGAAGAAGAAUGAGAAGUAUGGCUUCGGCGGCAAGAAGAAGCACUCCAAGAGCGGCGAUGCCAUCAGCUCCGGCGACAUGAGCGGCUUCAGCGCCAAGCGUAUGAAGACCGGCGCGAAGGGCAAGAUCCCCAAGACCGCCCGCCUCGGCAAGAACCGCAGAAAGGCGGUCGCUGGAAAGAGGUAGUGAGCUUUGAUUGUACAUACACUAUGGUUUCUGUAGACAAAAAUACCAGGCAUCGGCGCUUAAUGUUGCACUGUAUCAUCACUCGCAUGCGUUUCGCAAUCAGUUCCU